AUGUCCGACAUACUCGAAGUCGAUCCCGACUGCUAUGACGCUCGGCCUUAUAAACCGGGGGAUUUUGAAUCAGAAACGACUUCCCUCGCAUCCACCAUCUAUCGCGGGGUAUUCGAAAAUGGGAGACGCUACCAAGUCGUCAAGGAGGGCAGAUCCUGGUGUCCAUCGGAUGAACAGCAGUGGGAGAGUUUAGAGGCAGGACAUCUGAUCGCUAUAAUCCUAGACUCGCACAGGGAAAAUCCACUAUUUUAUGCACCUGUUGAAAACCCCAAGCAUAUUCUAGACAUCGGAACCGGCCGGGGGAGUUGGGCUGUUGAUGCGGCAGAUCUGUUCCCAGAAACAAUCGUCCGAGGCGUAGACCUCUUCCCCCCACCAGGAGAGUGGCUCCCCCCAAACUGCAUAAUGGAAGUAGACGACAUCCUCCAAGAAUGGACGUGGCGCGAUCCAUUCGACCUAAUCCACCUGCGACACAUGCUAGGCUCAUUCACACCCGAGGAAUGGGAUAUCGUAUACAAGCACUGCUACGACCUCCCAAAAGAUGCCUACACACCCAACUUCAGCGAACGCGUCCUCGAGGCGGCCGAGAACUGGAAUCACCCCCUCAACACAGUAUGCACAAUGCGACAAAGUCUUGAAAAGGCCGGGUUCGUGGAUAUCCACGAAAAGCGCUAUCGAUGUCCGAUAGGCCCGUGGGCGCGUGAUGCGACGCUGAAAGAGGCUGGACGGUUGCAUUAUCAUCAUUGGGCUACGGGGAUGGAGGGGUGGGCUAUGUUUAUGCUUACUAAAUGGGGGACGCCGAAGCCUUGGACUAAAGAGGAGGUGCAGGUUCUUGUUGCUAAGGUGAGGGCGGAGUUGAAGGAUCCUCGUUUGCAUAUGUUUCAAAAUACGAGGAGGGUUUGGGCUAGGAAGCCGACUGUUGAGGAGAUGGGAGGGAUUCCGGUUAAGGAGGAGGAGGAUGUUGCCUUUAUUAAGAGUGAGGAGGUUGAGGGGUGA